AUAUGAAACCCGGAGUAAAUUUACAUGUGGUCGCGGGAUUCGACAACACAGACAGAAUAAAUCCAUUUAAAGUGGAAGAAAGAGAAUGUCUCGACCAUGUAAAGAUGAUUAGCGAAGGAACUGUAGAUAAUAAACAGGUAUGGAACAAUUAAGAAUCGGUAUGGAAUCAACACUUGGUGCUGUGUUCACUCCUCCUGAGACAAGUGGAUCCGAUAGUUGUAUAAUAGCCCAAGAUUCAGAAAACGUACCAAUGGAUGAAUUCUGCGAGAUGUUCCGACAACGGAGAGGGCUUCCAAGUAUAAAAGCAUCUCUGCAUAUCACUGAAAUCAGAUCACAUGACAGUACCCAACAGACUGUUUUGGAAUCUACGGAUUGGCAUAAUGCAUUACAAAUUCAUGAUUCAACAAACAAAGAUGACAACGCCAUUGGCUCAACGGUUUUCCGAAGUAUUCGAAAAAGAAUGCGAUUAAACAAUGAGAAGAAAAUCGCCAAAUGUUAUGCUGAGACAAAUGGAAACAGAUUUGGAAACAAAGAUGGGAAAACCAAUCAUCAGAUCGACAAGGAUUUUUUCAGACAAAGCCUUCAAUGUGUUCCACAAUACAACAAUAUGAGUGAGGAAAACAAGCGUUUUCUCAGGGAAUUAAAUAUAAUGGUGCCAGGACAUACAUUACAAGUGCAUAUGGUGCACAACCAACAGUCACAUUCAGCAGCAAUAUAUCCAACAACACCCCAACAUUUGCGAGUCGAUGAUAAUAGGAGCAGGAAACCCAAUGGAGGUUUAAGCGAUAAUGGGGAAAUAGAGAAGAAAAAUGACGAAGAUUCUACCUCAUAUUGUGCUCGGAACCCAAAGUCUACUGACGAAGAAGCACGUACAGACACAUAUCUGUAUUGGGAGAAUGGCGACCCAAGCGUUUUUAUUAAUGCAGGAUUCUUCUAUACGGGGGACCAAGACAUUGUUCGAUGUUUCCAUUGUGACAUUGGCAUUGCCGGCUGGAACCCAACUGAUGAUCCAUGGGUAGGGCAUGCUCGAUAUCGUCCCGACUGUCGUUUCCUCAGACAGGAGAAGAGUCAGGAAUGGAUCGAUAAUAUCCAGAUUGAGUGGGCUAAGACAUACACACCAAAACACCAAGAGUAUCAACGGAUUGAUGUUAGACAAAGAUCAUUUCAACAUGAGGAUUGGCAUCGAAAUAACACCUCACAGUCUCCAGAACAUCUAGCAACUGCUGGGUUUUUUCUCGACGGCGAUCAUAUCAGGUGUCAUUACUGUGACGGGAUCAUGAGGAAGGAUGUGUACCUAGAUGAAGACACAGCUGAGGACACAGAUGAAUUCUGGAUAAAACAUGCACACACUUUCCCUUUUUGUAAAUUUGUUCAAAAUCAAAAAGGACUUGACUUUGUCAAAACAUGCACACUUAACAAUUCGGACAUAGCGAAUCCAGACCAUUACCUACCAGUUGCAGCUGGACCAGAAGGGCAUGUAUUCAGACUGUCAUGUGUACAGGAGUUCAGCAUCAGGGCGAAACGUGAUCCCAUAUGAUCAGCAGCUGCUCGGAGCUUACUAUCCAUCGGUUAUAGUAAGGAAUCCGUCAUCAGAUCAAUUCGAACCUUCAUAUCUGAAAAUGAAGAAGGCAGAGAGUUUGACGCGAAGAGCUUGGUUGACAUCAUUCAAAGAUAUGAAGAUGCACUGUCGGAGAACCGGCAACUAAGACAAAUAUUCCAAUGUAAACUUUGCCACGAAAGGAAUGUCAGUAGGAUAGCAGUGCCUUGUGGUCACCUUGGAUGUCAGCAUUGUUUAGCAGGCCUCGCUACGUGUACUAUAUGCCACAGCGAAAUCAGAAAGAACGUUCGGAUCUACUUUUGUUAGGAUUUACCUCCAAUGACUGCAAUUAUGUAUAACUCAAAAAAGCUGAACGGAAAUUUGACAUUGUUCUUCUAUAGAGUUACUUUGUGGUAAGAUGUACAAGAUUCAUAGACUAUCUCUAAAUCACAAAUGAUAGCUAAGCUGUUAUGCUCAAGAGUGUCUAUAGCAGACUAAAGGAACACUUGUUCGAUCAGAUAGGACUAUUUAGUGCAAAAUACAAUGUGCUAAUUGUGUCCUCCUUAAACAUGUAUUUUUCGCAUAUUCACUUGAAAUUUACAACAACUUAAUAAAUUAUAUGUCAACA